ACUAUAUACGUUCUAUGAGUCGAGCAGAACCUCCAUGGAAAUACAUUCUUUGUAUAUUUGAAUCUAUUGGACUGGAUUAUCGGCUUGUGUUAUUUGAUUCUGGAAUUGCAUUCCUCGCAAGCGAGUGACGGGCAGCGAAUAGAGUUUCAAAGUUGAUAAUUGAUUCAAGAUGCGCGAAAUCGUUCAUCUGCAGGUAGGGCAGUGCGGGAACCAGGUGGGAGCCAAGUUUUGGGAGGUGAUAUCGGACGAACAUGGCAUAGACCCAAGUGGAGUGUACAACGGCGACUCCGACCUGCAGCUAGAGCGCAUCAAUGUCUACUACACAGAGGCCACAGGAGGCAAGUACGUGCCCCGGGCCGUGCUGGUGGACCUGGAGUCGGGGACCAUGGACUCGGUCCGCUCGGGCCCGUUCGGCCAGAUCUUCCGGCCGGACAACUUCGUGUUCGGCCAGAGCGGCGCGGGGAACAACUGGGCCAAGGGCCACUACACGGAGGGCGCGGAGCUGGUGGACUCGGUGAUGGACGUGGUCCGCAAGGAGGCGGAGAGCUGCGACUGCCUUCAGGGCUUCCAGCUGACGCACUCCCUGGGCGGCGGCACGGGUUCCGGCAUGGGCACCCUCCUCAUCGCCAAGAUACGCGAGGAGUACCCCGACCGCAUGAUGCUCACGUUCAGCGUCAUGCCUUCGCCCAAGGUGUCCGACACGGUGGUGGAGCCCUACAACGCGACCCUAUCCGUGCACCAGCUGGUGGAGAACACGGACGAGACUUUCUGCAUCGACAACGAGGCGCUGUACGACAUCUGCUUCCGCACGCUGAAGCUGACGACGCCCACGUAUGGCGACCUGAACCACCUGGUGUCGGCCACCAUGUCCGGUGUGACCACCUGCCUGAGGUUCCCCGGCCAGCUGAACGCCGACCUGCGCAAGUUGGCCGUCAACAUGGUGCCGUUCCCCCGUCUGCACUUCUUCGUGCCCGGCUUCGCCCCGCUCACGUCGCGCGGCAGCCAGCAGUACCGCGCCCUCACGGUGCCCGAGCUGACGCAGCAGAUGUUCGAUGCCAAGAACAUGAUGGCCGCCUGCGACCCGCGCCACGGCCGCUACCUCACUGUCGCCGCCAUCUUUCGUGGCCGCAUGUCCAUGAAGGAGGUUGACGAGCAGAUGCUGAACGUGCAGCGGAAGAACAGCAGCUACUUCAUCGAGUGGAUCCCGAACAACGUGAAGACUGCCGUGUGCGACAUCCCUCCGCGGGGGCUCAAGAUGUCUGCGACCUUCGUCGCCAACACCACCGCCAUAAUGGAGGUGUUCAAGCGCAUCGGGGAGCACUUCAGAGUUAUGUUCAGGCGCAAGGCCUUCCUCCACUGGUACACGGGCGAAGGGAUGGACGACCUGGAGUUCACGGAGGCGGAGAGCAACCUGAACGACCUGGUGAGCGAGUACCAGCAGUACCAGGAGGCCACGGCAGACGAGGACUUCGAGGAUGAGGAGGAGGAUGAGGUGUUCGGGACCCCGUGACCUGCUCCUUCCUGGCGGCGCGAGCCCGUCCACGUGUUCACCUCUACGCUGCACUGCGUUGCGCUGAUGUGACCAGUCCUCGCACCAGUUCUGUAUUUGUUAGUUCCUUCAUGGGCGUUUCAAUAAAUGUUAAGAUUUUUAUAAA